AUGGAGCAGGGAAAUCAUACCAGGGUGAAAGAAUUUAUUUUUCAAGGACUGACCCAGUCCCGAGAACUGAGCCGGGUCUUAUUUCUUUUCUUAUCGUUGGUGUACACAGCCACCGUGCUGGGCAACCUCCUCAUCAUGGUCACUGUGAGCUGCGAGUCCCGCCUCCACACCCCCAUGUACUUCCUGCUCCGCAACCUCUCCGUCCUGGACAUCUGCUUCUCCUCCAUCACCGCCCCCAAGGUCCUCGUGGACCUUCUUUCGGAGAGAAAGACCAUCUCCUUCCGCGGCUGCCUCACGCAGAUGUUCUUCUUCCACCUGCUCGGGGGCGCGGACAUCUUCGCCCUCUCGGUGAUGGCCUUUGACCGCUACGUGGCCAUCUCCAGGCCCCUGCACUACGUGACCGUCAUGAGCCGGGGGCGCUGCGCCGCCCUCAUCGCGGCCUCCUGGGCGGGGGGCUUCGUCCACUCCAUCGUGCAGAUCUCCCUGCUCCUGCCCCUCCCCUUCUGCGGACCCAACGUCGUGGACGGUUUCUACUGCGACGUCCCCCAGGUCCUCACGCUCGCCUGCACUGACACCUUUGCCCUCGAGGUCUUAAUGAUUUCCAACAAUGGUUUGAUCUCUACCCUGUGGUUCGUCUUCCUGCUCGUGUCCUACGCAGUCAUCCUGACCAUGCUGAGGUCGCACUCUGGGGAUGGGAAAACCAAGGCU